AUGAACUGUAGGCUUUUUAUUGGGUUAGAUGCCUGCCAUCUAAACGGGGUUUAUGGUGGACAGUUGCUUACAACAGUUGGGAUUGAUCGAAAUAACGAGACUUGGGUGCUAGCAUAUGUUGUGGUUGAGAUGGAAACAAGGGAGUCAUGGACAUGGACAUGGUUCAUUGAUCUGUUGGCCAAGGAUGUGGACAUUGUUAAUUCCUAUGGAUGGGCUUUUAUAUCUGACAAGCAAAAAGGAUUGCCUGGUGCAUUUGAAGACAUUGUGCCUAAUGCUGAGACAAGAUUCUGUGUGAGGCACCUUUGGGAUAACUUCAACAAAACGUAUAAAGGUAAAGUAUUGAGGGAUCAAUUAUGGACAUGUGCUAGAGCUACCAAUGUGCCUUGUUUUAAAUAUCAAAUGGAAGUAAUGAAGACCUUAGAUAGCAAUGCAUGGGAAUGGCUUGCUGAGAAGCCACCAACACAAUGGAGUAAGUCUCAUUUCAAAACACAUAUUAAGUGUGAUAUGCUGCAGAAUAACUUGUGUGAAAGCUUCAACAAUAGUAUCAAAAUAACAAGGGACAAACCAAUUAUCACAAUGCUAGAGAUGAUCAGGUGCUUGUUGAUGAGAAGGAUCCAAUGGAGGAGGGACAAGAUGAGCAGUUGGCCUCAUCAAAUAUGCAAGAACAUUUUUGACCAUGUGCAACAAAAAAAGUUAGAAGCAUGUAAUUGUACUGUGCAGUGGUCUGGUGGUCCUAAAUAUCAAGUGGAUGCAGGAAAAGGUGACCAAUAUGUGGUGAAUUUGGAUAAUCAUCACACUUGUUGCAGAAAGUGGGACUUGUCAGGCAUUCCUUGUGCUUAUGGAAUUGCUGCCAUACAUUACAAAGGAGGUAAAGCUGUGGAGGAUUAUGUGCAUUCAUACUACAACAAGGACAGUUACUUGGCCUUCUAUAACAAUCUCAUUAUGCCAAUUAAUGGAUCACAGCUAUAG